UCAUCCUCCCCUGUCAUUCUGGCGCGAAACAAUCGGGCAGAGCAAACCUCGCUCGCUCCCGCCACCGUUCUCGGUCGGAAGACGCGACCAAGCAACGCGCGCGCGCGAGGCCACUCGUCGACGAGGAAGCCAAGAAGACUCUCGUGUGGUAGCUAGCGGAGCAGAGGCCAUACAGAGAGCCAUGCAGGGGAGGCGCGAGAUCCGGACGCGGCCGGAGCAGCGGGAAGGCGACGAUGCGUCGUCGACGGCGUUCGCGGCGGAGACGCCGCUGGGGAGCGCGCGGUGGAGCCCGGAGGCGGAGAUCGGGAUGCGGGUGGAGGACAUCUGGGACAGCCUGGACCAGCCGCAGCUCAGCCGGGGCGACAAGCUCAACAGCUGCUUCGACGCCAUCCCGGUCUCCUCCUUCCCCAACACCUUCGGGGCGCAGCUCGUCGACAUCCCCUCCGAUGCCACCCUCGCCGAGGCCGUCGACAUCCUCUCUCGGAACCGCAUCAACGGCGCCCCCGUCCGCAACAUGGACGCGCCCGACGACGCCAGCUGGAUCGACCGCUACAUCGGCAUCGUCGAGUUCGCAGGCAUCGCCGUCUGGCUGCUGCACCAGUCCGAGGCCUCCGCCGCCGCGCUCGGCGCCGACGAGCUCGCCGCCAAGCUCGGCACCGUCACCCUCGACGGCCCUGGCGGCGCCAAGGAACACAACAAGACAGCACCGGUGUCGGAAGCCGAGGGGGCCGUGGCUGAGGCCUUCGGGUCGCUGCCGUCGUCGGAGCUGUUCCGGAAGACCAAGGUGAAGGACAUCUCCGGCUCGUUCCGGUGGGCGCCGUUCCUGGCGCUGCAGAGCUCCGACACGUUCCUCACCAUGCUGCUGCUGCUGUCCAAGUACCGGAUGAAGAGCCUCCCCGUCGUGGACAUCGGCGAGGGCACCAUCAGCAACAUCAUCACGCAGGCUGCCGUCGUGCACAUGCUCUCCGAGUGCGUCGGACUCAGCUGGUUCGAGGACUGGGGCACCAAGACGCUCUCCGAGCUCGGACUACCCAUCAUGAAGACAAGCAGGCUCGUCAAGGUUCGCGAGGACGAGUCGGCCCUCAAGGCGUUCCGGCACAUGAGGAAGCGAGGCGUUGGUGGCGUCCCGGUGGUGGACAGCGUCGACAAGCCCGUCGGCAGCAUCAUGAUCAAGGACGUCAAGCAUCUCCUCACGGCGUCAGAGUCCGACAGAGACUACAGGACACUGACGGCCAAGGAGUUCAUCACGAACGCGAGGCAGAGCUCAGGGGAGAAGCAGAUGAGCAUCAUCACGUGCACCAAGGAGGACACGGUGAAGGACAUCAUCCUGAGGCUGGAUGCGGAGAAGAGGCAGAGGGUCUACGUCGUCAAUGAGGAAGGCAACCUGGAUGGGCUCAUCACGCUCAGGGACAUCAUCGCCAAGCUCGUCUACGAGCCACCAGGGUACUUCGGGGAUUUCUUCAACGGCGUCAUUCCCAUGCCGCAGAACAGCAGGGUCUGAAUGCCAAGUUUCCUAGUACCUUCUAGGCAAGAUCAGGAUAAGCAAUUUCUCUCGGGUUUAUUUAUUUUCCUUUUUGUGUAGUUACACUAAUUCCUCGUUUUCUCUAGUGUUCACUCCUUGGUCUCCUUAGAAACCUCUCCUUAUUCACGUCACUUGCAUUGCUAGCUAGCUACCUUAUCAUAAGGAUGAACACUCUGGCUCUGUUUAUGUUCUAGGCUGACAAAGUUCAACACAAGUAGUACUAGAACGUAGACAUGCCAGGUUUAAUUGUUCAUCAUGUACCAGAGUGAAAGGACCCCAGAGUUAUUGAUAGAUAAAUUAGUGUUCAUUUGCAUGA